AGGGUAAAGUUCAUAACAAAUGUGAGUACAGGGACAAAACAUAACAUUAACUGAUCAACCCUUAAAAGGUCGCUCGACAGUUGCGCUAGGGUUUUCUCUUUUCUCUCCUCUGUGUCACUGAGCUGAUACAAUAGACCGAGACUUCCACCAGACACAGAACAAUAAACAGGAGGGCGCUAAAGUAUUUAUGAAAGCUAUUGUUUGCUAAUACAUAAUCUUUUUUUUUUCAAACAAAACGACUGGUGAUGCCAAAUAUGGAAACUCAAAAUUCUAACGUUUCACGAGCUGAAGAAAUCAAAGUCUUGGCCAAUGAAGCAUUUAAAGCCCACAAAUAUGGACAGGCUAUUGAUCUGUACUCGCAAGCUAUCGAACUAAAUGGUGACAAUGCAGUUUACUGGGCUAAUCGUGCAUUCGCCCACUCUAAACUCGAGGAAUAUGGCAGUGCGAUACAGGAUGCUUCGAAAGCCACUGAAAUUGAUCCUAAAUACUCAAAGGGUUAUUACAGGCGAGGUGCUGCUUAUCUUGCCAUGGGCAAAUUCAAAGAUGCUCUGAAGGACUUCCAACAAGUGAAAAAAAUCUGCCCAAAUGAUCCUGAUGCUUCAAAGAAAUUAAAGGAAUGUGAGAAGGCAGUAAUGAAGCUUAAGUUUGAAGAAGCAAUUGCUGUUCCCGAGUCUCAGAGGCGCUCAGUAGCUGAUUCUAUUGAUUUUCAUUCGAUAGGGACUAGCCCCAGUUCAUCAUCCGUGCCCACCCAAGUGGCCAUGGCACCAGUAGCAGUAGCAGUUGUGGCAGCAGCUGUGAUGUUGGUGGGAACGGCAAAACCUGUUGUGGUGGUAGCAGUGCUAAUGGUGGUACUGGUGGUCCUAGGGGCAUAUUUGUGGGGUAGCUGCAGGGGUAGUGGUGUUUUUACCAAGAGAGGAAUAAUGGAUUUAGAUGUGGAGCCACAAUACUCUGGUGCAAGGAUAGAGGGAGAUAUUGUCACGUUGGAUUUUGUCAAGAAAAUGAUGGAUGACUUCAAGAAUCAAAAGUGCUUACACAAACGAUAUGCAUUCCAGAUGGUUUUACAAACAAGAGAAAUUCUGCAAGCUCUGCCUUCUUUGGUUGAUAUAAAUGUUCCCGAGGGCAAGCAUUUCACUGUUUGUGGUGAUGUACAUGGUCAGUUCUAUGAUCUGUUAAACAUUUUUGAGCUGAAUGGGUUUCCCUCGGAAGAGAAUCCAUAUCUGUUUAAUGGUGACUUUGUGGAUAGGGGAUCAUUUUCCUUGGAAGUCAUCCUCACAUUGUUUGCUUUCAAGUGCAUGUGUCCAUCAGCUAUAUAUCUUUCUAGAGGAAAUCAUGAAAGCAAGAGCAUGAACAAGAUAUAUGGUUUUGAGGGUGAGGUCAGAUCCAAGUUGAGCGAGACAUUUGUCGAACUCUUUGCAGAAGUCUUCUGUUGUUUACCUUUGGCUCAUGUAAUAAAUGGGAAGGUGUUUGUGGUACAUGGAGGUCUUUUUAGUGUUGAUGGGGUGAAACUGUCUGACAUUAAAGCCAUCGAUCGGUUUUGCGAACCUCCAGAGGAAGGAUUGAUGUGUGAAUUGCUAUGGAGUGAUCCACAGCCAUUCCCUGGAAGAGGUCCUAGCAAGCGUGGUGUAGGGCUUUCUUUUGGCAAAGAUGUGACACGGAGAUUUUUGCAGGACAAUAACCUAGAUUUAGUUGUGCGAUCUCAUGAAGUAAAGGAUGAAGGAUAUGAGAUCGAGCAUGAUGGUAAAUUGAUCACUGUAUUUUCUGCUCCAAAUUAUUGUGAUCAGAUGGGUAACAAGGGUGCUUUUAUUCGAUUUGAAGCCCCUGAUUUGAAGCCAAAUAUUGUUACAUUCUCAGCAGUGCCUCACCCUAAUGUCAAGCCUAUGGCAUAUGCAAACAACUUCCUGCGAAUGUUCUCAUAAUUUAUGUACCUGUCUGGGAUGGUCAUUCUUAUACUUUAUCUGCCGCAUGGUGUCUCUGCUGCCAAGGUGCUAGUUGUUUCAUAUGGCAGCUGGAGAGGAGCCCGUACAUGUUGACAAAUUCUGCUUUUAAGUUGUGAUAUUCUUUUAAAUGACACCUUUUCCUGCUCUUCAUUUGUAAGAAUUUUCAGCGUGUGGUCGGUCUCCUUUCAAUUUUUUUUUUCCAGGCCAGUUAUAGGUGAAACAAGUACUGGCAUGGAUGUUGGUGCCAUUGUAAAACGUAUGACCUCCUUCGUGCAUUGUUUUCAUUUUUCAAUCGUAAGGUGAGUUGUGUCCA